UAUAUCCAUAACAAUACACGUGUUCUAUAUAUACACACUCCUAUAGUCUUGUACACCAAAAAAAAAAAAAAAAAAAGAAAAGAGAAAAAAAAGAAAGAAUCAACAAAAACUUAUCACUAAUAAGCACAGAAAUGGAUUUCUCCGUGGUAAGAUCAAGUCACAGCUUGGUGAAGCCGUGCGAAAAGACGCCAACAACGACGCUGGAACUCUCAGGCAUGGACAAAGUAGCUGUCCUGAGAUGCAAUGCGCGCACGCUUCACGUCUACAAACAAGGCCUGUCUCAUGGAGCAGCAUCUGUAGCCAUAAGAGAAGCAUUGUCGAGGGCAUUGGUCGCCUACUACCCUCUCGCUGGUCGGCUUAAGGAGUCGUGCCAAGGCGAGCUCCAAGUGGAAUGUUCUGGAGAAGGUGUUUGGUUUGUGGAGGCAUCUGCCAACUGUACUCUUGGUGCAGUUGAUUAUCUUGAUGAUGCUUAUGCUUCCCCUAUCUCAUAUCUUGAUCUCCUCCCUAACCAAUUAAUCCCUCCCGAAGAAGCCAAUGACCAGCCACUUAUACAAAUGCAGGUGACUGGAUUUGCAUGCGGUGGAUUCGUGAUUGGUAUGAUAUUUAGUCACACAAUUUGCGAUGGCCUAGGCUCAGCCCAAUUCCUCAACGCCGUGGGAGAGUUUGCCAGAGGCCUUGACAAACUCAGCGUCAUACCCGUCUGGUGUAGAGACUUCUUCAUAUCAUCACAAUAUUCACAACCAAAUCACCCAAUUACUCAUCUUCUACCACCACCAAUACCAAACUACCGCCUUGAACAGGCAAACGUGGACAUUUCCAUGGAUCAGAUCGACAAGCUCAAGCAUGAGUUCCAACACUCAACGGGACGGAGAUGCUCCACCUUCGAAAUCGUAGCGGCCGCUUUCUGGAGGUGCCGAACACGGGCAAUACUAACAACUAGUAGUGCUGAUACAGCGGGUGGUCAAUUGGUUAAGUUUGUGUUCUUUGCCAACUGUCGUCAGCUGCUGAAUCCUCCCCUGCCGAAAGGUUUUUAUGGAAACUGUUUCUUUCCCGUAACAAUAACGGCUCCGAAGGAGUCGGUGGCGACGGCGUCAGUUGUGGAGGUGGUGAAGCUUAUACAAGAAGCCAAGGCGGAGCUUCCCAAGGAAUUUGACAAGUACAGGAAUAGUAGGAUCAAGGGUGAUCUUGAGGGCCAAUUAGGAGAUCAUGAUCAUGAUCAGGAGGAUCCGUUUUUCCCACCAAUGUCGUAUGACACAUUGUUUGUGUCGGAGUGGGGCCGACUGGGGUUCAAUGAUGUGGACUUCGGGUGGGGCCCACCGGUGAACAUAGUGCCAAUACAAGGGUCGCCCAUCAUACCGGCUGCGAUUGUGGGAUGGCAACCUGCGCCUAACAAAGGCAUCCGCUUGAUGACUUGGUGUGUAGAGGAGGCCCAUCGCCAACCCUUCCUUGCUCUCAUCACGCAACGUCUUUUUCUUUGAACUCUUAUAAUCUACUCUCUCUUUUUUUCUUUUUUUUUUUUUUUAUUUAUAAAAGUAUUA